AUGUCUUCGUUUUCUUCUUCCACCACUUCUCAUCAUCGUCAUCAGCAGCAACCACCACCAACAAAUUCUCACUUGUCCAUGUUUCGGAGGCAACAUGCAAGGGAAUUUUAUCAAGAUGUGUCGAGCAAUACGAGUGAUGGCAUGGUGAGUCCUAUGAGUCAUUCAUCGGAUUUGGACGAAGAGGGAGGAAUAUCGGAUCAGCAUUCAGUUUCCGAUGUUGUUUUGAAUCACCAUCAUCACAGGCAUUAUGAAGAUGAUUUGGAAGAGGAUGAUGAUGAUGAUGAGGAAUAUCAUGAUGGACUGGAUGAAAAUGACCAAGUUGAUUCCUCUUCAUCUCCCAUUGUAAAUAAUAAUAAUCAUCAUAUUAAUACCUCGAUGAGUCGAAUAUCAAGCAAAACCGACGACGACGAUGAAAUUGAUGUAGAUCCAGAAAAAUUCAUGAGGGAUCAAAAAUCAACUCGAAUACUGCAAGACAAUGAUUCACUGACGAUUUCUUCUACGAAUGAUGAUACAGAGACAGCACCACCAUCAAAAAGGAAAACAUCUUCUGCAGUUGUUGUGGACGAUACUGUGUUGGGAACGACCACUCCCUUCUUCCAAGAACAUAUUUAUUACGACGAAGACGAGAAGGAGCCCAUUGAAAAAGUUUCAAAAUGUUGUUCAUGCAUUUGUGAAUCGUUGCCACGAGGAAUGCGCUCAAGAAUGGAAUAUUGUGGAAAGAAAUUAUGUGCUCCAAGAAUUUUGGUGAGCUUUUCAAUGCUUGUUUUUUCUCUCAGUGUUUCAAUCAUGCUUUUAUUGAGCUGUGGAGUUUUUAUUGGAAUGAAAUUAAUUGACUAUCCUAAAAUGCAGUUGGACCCCAACUCUAUAUCAUUCAUUCACAGAAAUUGCUGCAUGUUAGAACGUGUUUUUGAAGAUUUUUCACAAAAAGAAAUCAUUCACUACGAAAUGACAGUGAAAUUUCCAGUGUUGGGCUUUGAAAAUAUGUCAUCAGAGGAAUCUGCCCAGCGGGGUUAUAAUUUAAAAUGUGAAUUAAAUUCACAUUCUGUACUGCGAGUCAUGGAACAUGUUCGUUAUUCAGGACCGAGAAUUGCUUUGUUUUAUAACCAUUCAAUCGUAGAUUGUUUUACGAACCGAAAGGAAACAGAAAUGACCUUAUUGGAACCAUACAGUGCCAUGUAUCAAGUAUUUCAAACAGUUGGUAUUUAUUGUGGUGUCAUGGCAUUGAGUAUGUUUUGCAUUGGUUUUUGCGGUUUCGUGACAUGUUGUUUCGUGUUGCGAAAGAAACGAAGGAAAAAGAGUAAUCCAUCCACUUUUCGACAAUGUUGCUGUUUCUGUCAAAAAUAA